UGUCUUUCAAUUACAUUCAGUUUAGUGUGGGUUGAUGUUUGAUUGUUGUACAUGUUACAAUGAGCAAAGCCCAUACCCAGUCAGCUAUAAAAGGCCCUGAUAAGACAAUGUAAAACAAUUUCAAACGAGAAAACUAACAUGUCUGUUUAAGGUUACAUCAUCAAAAUAUGUAGGGUAGGUAGGAAGGUCGGUAUUUUCUUUUUAUUAUUUUGUCCAUUUUAUUUCUUGUGCCAUGAUUUUGAAUUGUGUGGUCCGAGUUGUCCAUUGGGCGAGAGUUCCCCUAUUUAUAAUGAUUGGAUUAUUUCUUACGACGGCAAUAAAAUGGCUUAGGGUGGGUGCUAAAAAUAGGAUCGGUCAGGUACCCAUAAUCAAACAAAUAUUUUUUUGGCCAUACCGAGAGCACCAUUGAUUGAAAUAUAUACAAAUCACGGAUCGGAUACGCAUCGACUAUGUAAGACCUAAUUUCAACACCCCUAAACAGUGAAUAUUUUUAUCGCAAACAGUAGAAUUUUAUUACAUAAUGUGAAAUGUGUGGGAUUGUGCAGCACGUGUCAUCAUGACAUGUGUCCCUUCGCGGCCUUCAGUUUUGAUUAUAGACUAGAGAAGAGACUAAAUGCGUACAAACCUGAUGUCAAAUGAAGAUAUACGGAAUUUAAAUAACGUUGAUCCUUUAAAUGUAUGAAAAACAAAAACAUAUGACAAUUGUUCACAUAAAAUAGAUAGUAAAAUUUUCCAAAUGAACGUCCAUUAAAAUUAUUAAAGUCUCUGAUGAAUAUUUCCCGCGCAAAUGUCAUGGAAUAGACCAAAACGAAUUUUAGGUGUGUGUUGUCAUUAAAAAUUCGGUUCAAUGAACACAGUUAGAUUAAAUAUAUAAAUAUGUUAACUAUAUUUAUAUUGGUUUUUCAGAAAAGUGACUUUACCAGAUUUUUUUUGUGGCAAACAACGGUAAAUAGCCUAUAUCAUCUUGACAUGACAUAUGAAAACCCCUUUAGCAUAAUGGUGUGUGUAUGGAAUAGUCCAUGGAAUUGUCCAAACCGAUACAGUGUUGUAGUAACAAUAUAAUGGCUGAACUUCAAGAAUAUGAAGAAGUAAGACCAGUAAGACGAGAUGAGAAACAUGUCUAUGAUGACUUUAAACAUGUUAAUAAGAUGGACAAUGUGAGCAGUCCCUCAUGGAAACAAUAUUUAAAAAUGUUUACAAUAGUAAUAGCAGUUUCUUUAACGAGUGCUAUUGUUACAUAUUUUACGGUAAAUGCUCAGAUUCAGCAGAAAUUAACCUUAAUAGAUACAAGAUUAGCCGAAAUUGAAAAGAAAAAUGAGGAAACUGAAAAACGAAACAAUUUAACGUUUUCUCAUUUUGAAAAGAAAAGCAUGAAAACUGAAAACCGAAACAAUUUAACGCUUGUUCAUUUACAAAAACAGAUUGAUGACAGCACAGAACAAGUGGCCAUUACAGCUCAUCCUGCAUCCACUUCAACGUUACAAGGCAUAAUAAAGUUUGACUACGUUACGUUUAGUGUUGGCAUCAACAAUCUGCCAACAUAUAAAAGUACUGGGAAGUUUGUGGUGGAGAAGGAGGGACUUUACAUGAUAUCGGUAGCAAUCUACUCCAAAACCAAUGAUGCUUACUACUGCAUUUACCUAAAUGGUAAUGUGAUAUCGUACACAAAGAUUGCUCAUACCAGUAGUCCUCCUUCUUCAAUGUCCCAUACCGGCACUGUUGUUGUAGUACGACAGUUACGUCCUAAUGAUAGUCUGUGGGUAUACUUUCCUGGUAACUAUUAUACAGAAGGCGGAGUCUGGUCGACACUUACAAUUGUAAAAAUCAAAUAAAUCAUUAGCUUACAUAAUCACAACAAUUUUCGGCUUACAGAAAUUUAGUUUAUUUUUUAAAUCACAUUUGUGUGAAAUAAAACACUUCAUUCCUAAUGGUCGCUUUAUUAAAGAAGAGCGGGUGGUAGAAUAAAAAAGUAGAAAUAAUGUCAUAUCUAUCAUGCAAUAAUUUAAAAAUAUAAUAAAAUACAUUUCGUGUUGAUAAAACAAAAUUUCUCUUAUAUCUUUGUAGUUAUAGAACAUAACCAUCUUAACCUUUUUAGUGUAGUUGAUAUUUCUUGUGUUUGGUUGAUUUUUGUUGACACAAAUCCUUCUUUUUUUUAGUUAAUCUAAAAUUAAUUUUGAAUAGUGUGUCAAUAUUUAGUGCUUUUGUCAUAUGUCAAUGAUAAUGGGACCACAGUCAAAUAUAAAGAUUAGAGAAUGUAUGUUUUUGAACUAAAUGCAUAUAUCACUUAAAUCCCCGUAUUCUUAUCGUGCCAGAUUCAUUGUGAGUGCAAAUAGUUAAUCUGUUAUUAGUUGACUUAAAAUGUAUAUGCCGAUAUUUUAUUAAUUUUUACAUUUGAGUUUUUUCGAGUAUAUAUGUAAUUUACUAAAAUUUGACUACUUUUAAUAUUAUUGAUUUCCUGUAACGUAAGAUGUAGCGAUAGGAAGUUUAGAUAAAUUAACGAAAAUGUGAAGGAUAAGUCAAAGAUGCAGCAACCAGACAACGCUGUAAAACCAUGUGACUUCUAAUGAUAAACAUACGAUUGACAAUGUUGUAAUACUUUUUUUUUUAUCUAAUUGACUAUUUUUGUUUGUUUAAUAUAUCUUAUUACUUGGAUUCUUUUUUCAACGGCGCGGGACGUUUGUGCUUUUUCAUAGGACAUUUAUGCUUUUUAUUUUGGACACUUGCGCUUUAAAUCAUAGGACAUUUGCGCUUUUUUAAAAAGGACAUUUGCGCAUUUUACAUAGGACAUUUGCGCUUCUGCAAUGUUUGGAGUUUUAUGGUUUGACCUGGCAGAGUAAAAUUCAUAUGUUUCUAUAUGGUUAAAAGUUUGAAAUAUUUUUAUAGUACAUUUCAUAGCACAUUCAGGGCAUAGCACAUUAAUAUGUUUAAAAGUUGAUAUACAGCUAAAAAUUCUAAAGAUAUAAAACAUGUACAGUCAUCACAGGUCAGUUUCGCUUAAAAAUCUGCUUGGGGUCUGUUUAUCAAUAUAACGAAUCUUGUAAUUCACCGACUUUUGUUCAAUGAUACUCUCCAAAAAGAUAAAAUGAUGAGUCAAAUAAAACUGUUCAUUAUAGUGGGCAUGAAAGGAUUCUGGACCAUUUGCCGUACGCUUACUGUGUGAUGGCUGGAAAUCGAGAUUCAGUUGUCACAUAAUUUUCUGCCAGAUAGUCUGCAAAUUUAGAAUACCUAGGUUCACUUACAAUGUAUAUAUAGAUAAAAAGCGCAAAUGUCCGAUCAUUUUUAUACAGGUGAAUCAAAAUCUAAAGCGCAAAUGUCCAAAGUAUCGGAUGCGCAAAUGUCCUAUCGUUUUACAGGUGAAAAAGCGCAAACCUCCUGUGCCCAUUUUCAAAUACUGAAUAAGUUUUAAUGCAAUCAUUUAAGGAGAGUUUUCUUGGAAAUAAUAGUAGAUUAAAAAAAACUAAUGGAAAGUUAUUAACAUAUAUAGAAUAAUACAUGAAAAAAUCCGUAUCGUAAUUUUCAGAUCGCAUUGAGAUUUUUUUUAACUUUCUGAUGAUAAUUCAAUAUUAACCUAAAACACAAGGACUUUCGGUAAAACAGGCAAUUUUUUCCCCAAUUUUCAAUUUCAAGUAUGAACUCGUCUGAUCACAAUUAUUUCAGUUACCAUGCUAGAUAUAGAUGAAUAUCAUGUUAUUUUACAUUGUCCUUUUUAUAAUGAUCGUAAACAGGUUCUUUUUAGUGAGUCUCUUUAAAUUCAUGAACAUUUAAAUAGUUUUACAGAUUGUCAGAAAAUGGUGUAUUUAUUUUCGAAUCAUGAUAUUAUAAGAUUAUGUGCAAAAAUCUGUAAUUUUAUUCUGAAAAGUCGCUGAGGAGUUUUGAAUUGUAAAUAAUAAUUGAAAAAAAUAUGUUUGAUAACUGUACCAUUAAUGUUUAAUAUUUAUUAUGUACAUACAUAUUGUUUUAGUUGAUUAUCAUCUCUCAUAAAUCUGUACAAAUCGGCUUAUGUAUACAAAAUGUAUCAUUUAUAAAAGUAUUGUGUAA